UUACAGACAAAAAAGCAUUCUCCUGGGCAUAUUAAACGUCCUAUGAAUGCGUUUAUGGUUUGGAGUCAAAUGGAAAGGAGAAAAAUCUGUGAAAAAACCCCUGAUCUACAUAAUGCAGAAAUUUCUAAGGAACUUGGCAGACGUUGGCAGCUUUUAGGAAAUGAGGAAAAGCAGCCAUACAUUAAUGAAGCGGAAAAACUACGCAAGCUUCACAUGAUAGAAUAUCCAGAUUAUAAAUACCGACCACAAAAGAAACAUUCGAAAUCAUUAAGUGUUUCAAAACCAAAGCUUGACUCCAACAGUGAUAAAAGCAAUCAAUAUGAUAAUAAAAAUUUAAAGGCGUAUUCUACUUGUUCGGUUAAACAGACUAUCUCAAAACAUGGUCGAAAAAAUAAAAGAGGAUAUAAAGAUGCUAACCGCACUGAGUUUGAAAAACAUAAAAAAGUUUUCAUUGAAACUUUCGACAACACCUGUACAGAGCAGGAUAUAAAAACCGAAGCAAUACAAGUAGUUCCUUCAACAAAAUUUUCGUAUACCUCAAAUCCAACUAUUAAUUUAGAUGCAAAUUCUUCAUCAUUCAAUAUUACUGAUAAAAAUUGCAAUAUAUUUUCAAAACUGAUUACUAUAACCCAAAAUAAUGAUUUUAAUGAUGAACAUAAUAUACCUGAAUUAUUGCGUGUCCCUUCCAGUGAUACUAAUUUAUUACAUCUAGAUGAUGUUUUAAAAUAUGUGACUACCGAAAACUGCUUUGAUCAGUCCAAAAUGAAAGAUAUUAAAUCUGAACUUCCACUGCCAGAUACAAAUAAUGUAGAUAAUCUAUCCUUUGCCAACACCUCAAUAGAAACAAAUCAAUUUGUAAAUGACGAAAAUAUUACUAAUUUUGAUAAUAAUGAAAAUAUUGUUAAUGAUGCCAAUUUACAUGCUGCAAGCCAGUUAUCCUAUGAUAUGGAACUGCAAUAUCCUGAUAAUUUUACAAAGUUUACUUCAUUUGGUAAUUCAAUAACGGAACAUCAAUUACAAAAUCAUACAGCAAAACUUAAUGCUGAAGAGAAUUUACAUAAUUCCGAAAUUGAAACAAAUGAUGAAUGUUUAACUGCUCUGUACUGUGACAAUGAAUGUCAAAAUGACAUAUUAUUUGAUAACCAAAACACUGUGGAACAACCUACCGUAACUAUGAAUAUAGAAAUACAUAAUGGAUUACAAUAUCGUAGUUCCGGAAACGUAGCAUUCCAUAACGACGACAUUUACUCAGUUUCAAUUCCUUGUGCGGAUGAUAGCAAUUGCAGCAUUUUAAACUCCACACAUUCGACGCAUACCACAUAUUGCGGUGAUUUCGCAAACGCAGCAAUUGAAACAAAUAUUGGAGAUGCUUCCACUUAUACAACACCAAUCAAUGUGAUUUUAGAACCUCAAAAUGAUCUCAAUUGUACGAUCUAUGACACAAAUGGUGCUCUUUUAGCUCUGAGCUACGACGACUUUCAGCCAGAAUUAAGUAGUAGUCAUUUAGAAUUUAAUAACAGAUAUGAGUUUCCAAGUUUAUAAGAGAAUCAAUAUAAUAUAAUUAUAGUUAAGAUUUUAUAUUUUAUAUAACGAAAAACUUAAAA